CUGGACAAUCGAGAUUGGACCACGAUUUUUCAGGCUAACAAAGAACUUGGUCUAGCUUUCGACGAGCACGACUUGUUCUACUACAAAGAUUUAUUUCUAAACAAGCUGAAAAGGAAUCCAACGGAUGUGGAGCUGUUCGACUUGGCACAAUCUGAUUCGGAGCAUUCUCGUCAUUGGUUUUUCCGUGGAAAAUUGUUCGUGGAUGGCGAAGAACGAAAAGUAAGCUCCACGAUUGAUGUUCUUGGCUGUUCCAAAGCAAUUAUCAUAUCAAAAGCUGAGAUCGGUAGAGGAAGCUGUAAAUGUAGGGCUAUAGUUCGCAUUCAGUGA